CAACUGGCAUCACGGGAGUUUUACGCGCCCAAGGGAUUAACAGGAUUUGUACCUGGAGGAUGUGUGGUAUGGACGUCGACCUGGAAGACGGAGGUUCAGGCGAGGGGGAGAAAGAGGAGGAGUUCUGGAUCGGCGAGGGGGUGAAGAUGCUGCCCCCUCCGGUGGCCCACAGCGGGGGCAGUGCCUGGGGCAGCCGCAGGGGCCGGUGCGGCUGCCUAACCUGCGGGGCGGGUCUCAUCCUCUGGAACCUGUGUGUGGUCUUGGCGUGUGUUCUGCUCCUCGCUGUGGUCUUCUCUGUCGUGCUGCUGCCCGCCGUGCUGCUGCUUUACGUCGGCUUCCUGUGCCACUCGAGGGUACUCGACUCCCCCUCCCCCAUUUGCCAUUACCUUGACGACAACAGCUGCUCCGCCCUCAUCAUCCUGGGCUUUGUGAUGAUGUCUCCGCUUGUGGUCGUGGCGGCCGCGAUCUUCUGCGGGCUCCUCCGCAGGUUUCGACUCCUGCUUCUCGUUCAGCCGCUCACACGAGCCUGGUACCGGGGUCGGCUCCUGGAGUGGGUGGGCAGCAUCCACGCCUGGGUGUGAGGUGGAGCAGUGGUCAGAACAGAUCAGAGAAGCUAGAUCACUGCAAUG